ACGGUGGAGGACUAGGCCCUUCUUCUGCCCUCCACCCCCCGGCACGGAGCAGAACCCCCCGAGCCAAGCAGCUCCCCUCGGCCCCCCAGGGAAAGGCGUUUUUGGGGGCGCAAGGCGUUUUUUUGGGGGCGCAGGCUGCGAAGCGCUUGCGCGCCCUGAGGCCGGCGGGAGGAGGAGGAGGGGGGAGCCGGGCGCCCACACGAGGGAUUACAGCGGAUUUUCCUUGAAAAACAGACACACGCACACCCCGGGGGGAAGGCUCCCCCCGCGGCUCCGGCCUCGCAGCGCCGCGGGACCCUGCCCUGCCCUGGUACUGCUAUGUGGAUAUUUGUUAGCAAUGACUGAUGUGGAAUCUACAUAUGCAGACUUUAUUGCUUCAGGAAGAACAGGUAGAAGAAAUGCACUACAUGACAUACUUGUGUCCUCUCCAGGUGGGAACUCUAGUGAACUAGCCUUAAAGUUAUCAGAGCUUGAUAUAAACAAAGCAGAAGGAGAAGGAGAUGCACAACGAAAUCCAAGUGAGCAAACGGGGGAGGCCCAAGGGGAGGCAGCAAAGCAAGAAAGCUGACAUCCGACUUUGACCGACUGGAGCAACUGCUGGAUGUUUUCAGGCUACAAGAGCAUGCUGGAACAAAUUUGUUUCCAUGAGCAAGCUGGUGGAAAAGCAAGUGCAUGUGUCUUCACUGCUGGAACCCAGUCAACACAAUGCUAAAAAUGGGGGUACAAGCUGUGGCAGAAGACAGAAUUUUCUCUACCUCUGUCAUUAGCAAUGGUUGAACAUGUAUUGAUUUUUGGGAUAGUGUCAUCAGAUGGAUCCCUUCAUAAUGACUACUUGAUGGGAACACUUUUAGAAAGUAGAACAAACAGGUAAAUCUUGUAGCAAAUGGCCUUUGAAACGUCAGAGGAUCUAAUUGUGUAUCUUAAGCAAAGGCUUGUGUGAUCCUCAGAGUUUAAAAUUCUCUGGCCAAAGUGUUCACCCAUUAAAAGAACUGUAAAGAAAGCACUGUUUUUAGAACUUUGCGUCUGUUUUACAGCUCUGUUAUUUACAAUGGUUUUUGUAUUGUACGACUUAGAUGCUCCACACUGCCCCUUCUCAACUGCUUAUGAAGAAUAUUUCUGUUACUGUGAAUUUUUCUACCACGCGUUUUGAAAGGGCUGUUUUUUUUGCAUAAUGUGGUGAUGUGCACAUGAUAGAUUUAAAACGUCAACCGCUAAAUUGAUUAUGCCUAAACCUAAAUGACUCAGCAACACUCUAAUUUGUUACUAGAUGAGCCUUCAAAACGAUUCAUUAAUGUGAAUACUUCGGUGUGUUUUGUGUCCUUGGUACAUUUUUGCCACUUGCCUGUAGUUAGUUGCAUAUCAGAGACUCAAACUGAAUCUUUGAUGUUAUUCUUCCCCGUUUUCUAAUUUUACUCCCAAUUUCUUAAUCUUUCUCCAAGCUAUUUUUUUAAAAUGUUAGUCCAAGUAUUUUAUUGUAAUGGUAGUUUUAAGAAUACAUUUAUAACCUUAUAUGGGUUAAAAUUCAAACAAAUUCCAUGGUGCUAGAGAUUUUUCUGGUUCACAUUGUUACAGAUGGUCCUUGUAUACACAUGGGAAAAUAAGUGGCAUAGGUUAUGGCCAAUUAUCUAUUUUGGAAUGAGUUUUAGAUUGCAGGAUAGUCCAAGUAGUGGAUCCUCAACCAGAUCCAGCUAGGGGAACUACCUAUUUCUACUCCUUGGCUAUGCCUCAGUUGAUCAGGCUGUUGAGAUUGCACAAUCACUAGCCUGUUACUGAUGUACCAGGCACAGCCAAGAGCUAGAAGCUGCCCCAGCAGCCUUUUGGUCAGGUUGUGGAAAAGGACGUUGAAAGAGUUGGAAGCUAGCACCCAAAAUACUAGAUUUUUCCUAUUUCAGCUAUUCCAAAAUGGCAGUCUGAACUGGACGUUUAUUGAAAUACCAGGUUAGCUUGUCCAUCCAGGGGACUACUUAAAACCUAUAAAUUAAUAACCUAUAAAUUAAUAACGUAUUCUGCCAUAGCUAUGCUGAUUGGUUUCCUUCCUACCCCUGCCCCAGCAGACAAGGCCAUACAUGAGGCUGAACUCUGCAAAAUGGGGAAGUUAUACUUGUGUGUGACUGAGGUGAGAAAAGAGAGUGACUGACUAGUAAACCAUGGCAAUCACAUAAGCACCAAUCGCAAAGUCAGAAGAAUUUUUUUCUUUUUAUUAACGGGAGGUGAUGUCACUUUCUUUAUAUAUAAUUAUAUAUAUAUUAUAUAUAUUUUUGUGUUGUUGUUGGUUUCAAAUGUUAUGCACUUUUUAAUGUUUGUAAACUUUUACUAAUGAAUAGUGUGAUUGCUUCCUGAAUAUAUUAAUCAUCAGUUAACAAAACAUAUUUGUGGCCACAGUUAUUUGUUUCUACCAUAUGUAUCAUAGUAUUUGUCACAUGAAAUUCUUUUGUGAGAUGUGUGGAGAAAAAAAAACAAAACACUUCUGAUCAGUAUUAUGAGCUCAUUUAUUAAUGUUAAUAAAAAAACAACCAAGCAGUAUGCUUGUGGUUCAUUAGUGUAAUAUUAAUUCUCACCUCUUAAAGUUUGGAAGCUGAAUGCCUUGCUGUCUUAUUAGCUGUCAAGUGCCCUAUAUUCUUGGUAACAGAAGUUGUCCAUUUGCUUUGAAAAUAUUGUUACCCUUGAACUAUUUAUUCAUUUGUUUCUCCUGGUGUUCCUUUCAAAGUUAACACAUUAUUACUGAUUCCGCCCAACUCUACCUUGCUCCUGAAUCAGGUCUUCAACCUGAUCAGAGAAAAGAACUGGUCGUCCUUUUGUCCUGGAUUGCUGGUUAGCAUCAAUCUAACACUAACACCAGAAGGAAAUAAGAUCCUGGGGUUUUAUAUACAUGAAACACCGUCAAUAAAUUUUCAUGGAAAAAGUUAAUAAUGGAAUAAGUAAUACAGUAAGUUAAAGUGUUGUUUUUUCCUCAUUUUCCUUACAUGCUUUUCUUUCUCUUCUUCCUAAGUCUUUUCUGUUGUGAAAUAAAAUACAUUUCAGGUUUUCCUCUCUGCUUUCCACUUACUUAUUCCUUCUGUUUCUCUUCUUGUUUUCCUUUGUGUUUAAAGCAAAUAUGGAGGCCUUCACUAUUUUUUGAUGCAUCUCUUUAUGAUGGAAAAUAACACUGUUAAUUUUAGUAGAGCAAAAGGCCACUUAUGUUCCUCAUUCCCUGAAAAGUAUAUGAGUGCUUCCUUUAUCAGUUGAAUUCUGCUCAUUCUCUUUGUUUUUUCUGCAGCAUCUAACAGUAGGCUAACUUCAUGUGAACCAGUUCAAAUACAGAGCUCUGUAAAGUUUUUAAGGAAUGUUCUUAGCCACUGGAAUUUGAUUGUUUAUGCCCCUGCAUUAUUAAAGUGCUCACUAGCAUGUAUUUGACCCAUGCCAGCUAAAAUUUCAGGGCUUGGGACUGUUCAUAAACUGUAGAAGGUUCUCGAUACGUAGUUAGCAUGUGACCGUUCUGCUUUGGAGGUCCUCUUUGUUAGUGUAGGUAAAGAUCGUUCUUUGGUGUCUAUUCUCAGUGCUGGAGAACAGAUCCUAGGAAUGUUUAUUUUACCAGCACAGUAACAUCCUUCAGAGCCCCCUGAAUGUUUAUAUAUGGAGUUUGUCCAUUCCAAAUCAUGCUACUGUAUCUUGAGUACUGUUACUACUCAAGCAAUUACAAUAGCACUGGUUCAAGUAUAGUCACACCUCUAUUGCAGUGUAAUUGCACCACAUAACAGGGAUGUUAAUGGUAGAAUCAGACUUUGAUUGUGUUAUUUUCCCUUUGUUAGUUAUUUUUUCAGUAAACCUUCCAAUCUGACUUCUGCGUAUUUUACUGCUCUCAUGAUAGGUAAAAUGUUGAAAUGCUUCUUUAAUCCAGAAUUAUGCUAGAAAAAUCUGUCCAAAAGCUAAAUAAACUCAGCCGAGUUAGGUCUGGACUAUCAGUUUAAUGGAAUACACCUUACAGGUUUUUUUUGUUUGUUUGGGUGGUUGUUUAAUUAUUGUUGUUGGUUUUUGUUUAUUUACUUCACUGUCUCUGUAGGUGUAUAUUUUCAGUGUUUCCUUCCCCUUGACAGAAUCAUCACUCCAAAAAAAUAGUUGCCCGUGGUAAAUUUUAUGGCUAUGUUUGCAACCAUACUUGGAGGUUUUACCUUCUAAAUCUGCUUUAAACAUAGUGGACAUAAAACUAGAAUUGGGCAGAGAUACUGUCAUUUUUUUCUAUUUGCUGCCUUUAAUGUGUUCGUGGGCUUUAAACUUUUAUUAACAGAUACAAUGGUUUCAUCAAAUUAUAAUUUUAAGCCAAAAAUUCAUUGUGAUCUUCUAUACAACAAUUAUUAAAUAAAUAUCAGCCAGUA